AUAUUCAAAUAAUUUGCAUUGAAUUUCAUUAAUAAUUUUAUUUAUAAUAUUAUUGAGCUCUCGAUUGCCUUAAAAAGAUAUUUUUGUUUUUCAAUCAUAUCAUUGAAGACAUUGUUUUUAAAGUGAUAAUCAACAGGUUUUUUAGUGAUUAAAGUGAUGGUUACUUUGAUCCAUCAAAUGUGUUAUCCAAWUAGCGAUCGAUGGCCACAAUUAAGACAGUGAUUUGUUUUCUUAGUUGAAGACCAUUUGAUUUUUGGUCGGCAGUGGUGUUGCUGUUGUUGUUGAUUACAAUCGGUGGCCAAACAUGUGGAAUAUGAUGUGCGAUGUGAUGCCCACCAUCUCGGAGGACAGUAUCUCCCAACGGAGCGGACAGUUCACCGGCGAUGAGGCCAACUUUGAGCAGCUUAUGGUCAAUAUGUUGGACGAAAGAGACAAACUUAUGGAGACGUUGAGGGAAACUCAAGAACAUCUGACCGACACUCAGACCAAACUGGUGGACAUCGAGAAGGAAAGGGAUUCACUUCAUCGACAACUGUCAUCACAUAUGCCUCAAGAGUUUUCGAGUCUUACCCGAGAGUUAAGUCAAUUGCGAGAAAAUGUCAUCGAAAAGGACGAAGAGAUUCAAGAGCUGAAAGCCGAACGAAAUAAUACUCGAUUAUUACUCGAGCACUUGGAGUGUCUGGUCUCACGACACGAGCGCUCAUUGAGGAUGACUGUUGUUAAACGUCAGGCACAGUCACCGGCCGGUGUCUCAUCCGAAGUGGAAGUACUUAAAGCUUUAAAGUCACUCUUUGAACAUCACAAAGCUUUAGAUGAAAAAGUUAGGGAAAGAUUAAGAGUAUCAUUGGAUAAAAUUAGCUCUUUAGAAGAAGAAUUAUCAAAAACUAGUGAAGAGUUAACUAAAUCUAAACAAACGCAGCAACAGAUUCAAGACAUAUCACAAUUAAGUGAGUCUUCUAAUCAAAUGAACGGACAGAUCAGCUCUGAGGCCUUAGAUUCCGACCAAAAAUGUGAAGAAACGCUUAGUUUAACUGAAAAACAAACACAAGAAUUAAUUAAUUCUAGGAUUAAAUUACAAGAUUUUAAUAAUAAAUUAAGAGAUUAUGAAGAAAUGAUUUUAAAAACUGACAAAGAUUUACAUCAAAUUCGCGAAGAAAAUAUUAAAUUAAACUGUGAUUUAAGAGAAAAUAAGGCACAGAAAGAGGAUCAGGAAGAGAGGAUCACAACUCUUGAGAAGCGAUAUCUGAACGCUCAAAGAGAGAGCACAUCUCUUCACGAUCUAAAUGAAAAGUUAGAGCACGAGUUGGAUGCAAAAGAAGCUCAGUUGAAGUUAUCCGACGAAAAGAUUAGAGCACUGGCAGAGAGGCUUGAAUUAGCCGAACAAAAGUUUACACAAUUUAGCAAAAAACAAGAGACAAUGUCUGACGGCACUGAAGUCACCGAUUAUGAGAUGGACGACGACAGGAAACUGUCACUCGAGGAACGCAUCUCAAGACUAGAACAACAGUUAGAAGAAAAGGCCAGUGAAUUACUUAGAGCCCGACAAAGGGAACGCAUGAAUGAGGAUCACAAUCAACGAUUGUCGGCAACUGUUGAUAAACUUUUGGCUGAAUCUAAUGAAAGGCUUCAAUUGCAUCUAAAAGAACGAAUGUCAGCUUUAGAGGAUAAGAAUCAAAUGUCACAAGAAUUGGAACGAAUUCAUAAAUUAUUAGAUGAAACUCAAUCGGAAAAGGGAAAGAUAUUACAAGAUUUUGCAAAAAUGAGAGUCGAAAUGCAAACGGCUAAUCAUAAUAAUAAUAAUAAUAUCACUAAUAAUAAUAAUAAUAAUUUGGGUUCAGUUUCAUCAGUGACACGAAAUCAAAGAAUUAUAUCAGCUCAGGACAACAUGAAGAAUAAGCAACAUUUGUUUGAACACGAAUGGGAUAAAAUUGAGCCCAGAGUUAUCGCUAAUGUUAGUCAAGCAUUUGAUGGCAGCGAUACUGAAUGCAGUCAAACAGAUGAUAAUGAAAGCAUAUUCGAUACAAUGGAUAUGAUGUCGCCAUCGGGACAUACGGACGCUCAAACACUAGCUAUUAUGCUUCAACAACAAUUGGAUGCCAUCAACAAUGAGAUCCGAUUGAUUCAAGAAGAGAAACAAAAUACAGAGCAACGGGCAGAGGAACUCGAGUCACAGGUUGGAAGUAUUGAUUCCAUGAGUCUACUGACUCGUGGCCUCUCAUUCGAGAGGACUAUAUCUCCGCCACAAAGCGGUCGGUCGACUCCCAAGUCAAGAGUCAGUCCGUCUCGCGACUACUUAAACCAAUUUUAUAGCACCGCCGGUUCGUAUCCAUCAACACUUUCCCAAACUGGUGGUCCUUCUCUUAAUUAUUCACAAUAUUCUUCAGCCAAUCAUCAGACAGAAAUGAUGGUUUCAAAUACACAUGAUUUAGGAUCAGAUGCAAGCCCUCCUACUCCGCGGGCACUUAGACUACAACGAGUUGCUCAGGCAUUAAAUGAUAAUAAGAAUGUGCCCCAAAAAUCAUGGACUACAAGUGUACCCCCAGAUGUACUGCCGAGAUCUUCAUUAUACUCCAGACCGCCUCCCAAUAGCUCCUCUUUAGAUGAAUCAGUUCUCAAUCAUCAAUUACAGUCAGUUUCUGCAAAUUCAUCGAUGGAUUCAUUAAAUAAACAAAUGUUAGCAAAUCAUCCCCAACACCAACACUAUUCACAAUAUAUAAUGUCUUCGCCACAAAAUCCUAAAAAGAAAGGCAUUAAGUCAUCAUUAGUUAGUCGUUUGUUUUCGAGUCCUAAACGAGAAAAACUGAAAGGCGAUCGUAUUAUAGGAAAUCCGAUUUAUGCCAAUUAUCCCGACACUAGUGAUUAUAUGUCAUUGCCUGAAGCUAUGAACCAUAUGGGAUCACCAAUGUCUUCACCAUUAGGCGGACAAAAAGCUGAUUUUGAUCGUCGAACUAAAAAGAAACACGAAUUGUUGGCGGAAGCCAUGAAAGCUGGCACUCCGUUUGCUCUGUGGAACGGACCAACUAUUGUGGCCUGGCUUGAGUUAUGGGUAGGAAUGCCGGCCUGGUAUGUGGCCGCUUGUCGUGCAAACGUCAAAAGCGGUGCAAUUAUGUCAGCCUUAUCUGACACUGAGAUUCAACGGGAAAUAGGUAUUAGUAAUCCAUUACAUCGAAUGAAGCUUCGACUGGCCAUCCAAGAGAUGGUUGCACUAACAUCUCCAUCAGCGGCUAAGCCAACGCAUACAAGUCUAGCUUUCGGCGAAAUGAAUCACGAAUGGAUUGGCAACGAUUGGUUGCCAGCAUUAGGUUUACCACAAUAUAGAUCAGUGUUUAUGGAGUGUUUAGUCGACGCCCGUAUGUUAGAUCACUUAACAAAAAAAGACCUGAGAGUGCACUUAAAAAUGAUCGACGCCUUUCAUCGAACAAGUCUUCAGUAUGGAAUCAAUUGCUUAAAACGACUUAAUUAUGAUAAAAGUCUAUUAGAAGAGAGACGAAGAAAUAGUGAACACGAUAUCAUUGAUGUAAUUGUUUGGUCAAAUGAAAGGAUCAUCAAAUGGUGUAAUUUUGUAGGACUUAAAGAAUAUUCUAAUAAUUUAACGGAAUCGGGAGUUCACGGCGCUCUUCUAGCACUGGACGACACGUUUGAUGAUUURCAGAUGGCUUUAGCUUUACAAAUACCCACACAAAACGUUCAGGCACGACAGAUACUAGAAACAGAAUUUGCGGAUCUAUUACUUAAAGGAACCGAUAGAAGACCUAAUGGAGUAAACCGUAACCCAAGUAGUGUCCUAUCGUCACAUUCAAUACAACGCGAUCGACUCGUUUGAUUAAAAAAUCAUUUGAACAAACAAACUGCUGCAUUAAAUGUGUUUUUU